AUGGGCCUACAAACUCGUCAGGCAAUGGCGCAGGGCCUUGACUCCAGACCGACUGUGGAGGACUUCCGCGAAGACAGCGCAUGGGUGCGGUUAGCCAAAUCCUACUGGCUUGACGGUUCCAAGGCCCGCAAAGUCAAGCAGGAUGUCCUUAAAAAGGACCUCUGGGAUCCCCUUGAGGCUGAGAAUUUCAGUUUCCGGUCGCUUCUGACGCUAGAGAAUCUCAAUAUUCUGGAAAAGUGCGCAUCUCCCGCAAUGCUUCUUCGGCCCUCUCCUCUACGACAAUGCCUAACUCGCGAACAGGUUUCUUUGGCCGACUUACACGGAAGAUGCCUCGAACUACCAUGUGCUCCUUCUCGCCUUGAUUGUGAGCGUCAAGCAGCGAGAGCAUCUACCGAUAUGGGGUAUGUGAAUGAUAUCUUCUCCGAUCGACCGGCGGAUUUCUCCAAUCUUUUCCACCGUAUCCUUUCAAUGAGCGUCGAUCCCUCUCUCGGAACUUCUUCACGGUUGUCGAUAGUUUCUUUCAUCAUUAGCGCCUUUCAGUCCGUCGAGAAUCCGUUGAUACGCAAAGAGUGUGCACCACUGGUCUCGAUCUCCAUCUGGCACAACCUGUCGAGCGAGGAGGCAAGAGAUCGCUUAUUGGCAAGGAGUUCCGGAUUGAAGAAAGCAUGGAGGGCCGCAGGCAAGCGGUACGAUGCAGGGGAUGACGCAAACAAGGCCAAGAUGCGCUUUGAGCGAUCGUGGCUGUACACCAUGCUUUUGGAUUUCUUCCGGAGAUUGAAUGGGCCCGAAAGAGAGCAGGCGGAUAAUCUGCGAUACUGCGAACGACUACUUGAAUUUCUUGUGGAUCUAGAAAGCCAGCCUCCAACCAGGCGCUAUGUGAACACGCUCUUGAAAGACCUCAACUUCCUGUCCGUCAUCCGCCUGUCGCAACUGUACCGCUCUGCAGACAGCGCGCUAUUCCGUGAUCUUUGUGGUCUUCUGGAGCAUUUCAGCGCUUUUGCAAUCGAUGACUUCACUGGAGAGGCUCUAUCUCCCCAGGCUAUCUACGAUGCCCACUGUCAGGAGUUGGCACGUCUUCAAAGAACCUCUAUGAAGUAUUUCAAGGACAAGCUGAUGAUAUUGGCUCUUUCCAAUUAUGGAUCGAUUGAACAGCGCUCUGAACUCGAAGGUCAAUUAGCUACCUUGGAAGAAUCCGAGCUUCGAGAUUUGUGCUCGCAUCUUGGUUUCCGUACGGACUAUCCGAAACAGUCUCAAAUAACGCCGGAUCGCCAUCUGUACAUGGAGGUUCUCUUGUCUUUCUAUGAAAAGAAGACGACAUUCCAAGAAGCUGCCUCCCAGCUCAGCAUUGUUCCCACCGAAGAAAAUCUCUACGACCCUACUUUGCUCCGCAACGAGACAUAUGAUGGAUCCAGGCCGCUUGCAAUUCCCAAGUUAAACCUUCAGUAUCUGAGCACCGGUGACUUCUUGUGGCGCUCCUUCUUGCUCUAUCGGUCGGAGGCAUUCUUCCAGAUUCGCAAGGAUAUGGAGUCGAUCGUCAAACGCAUGCAGCCUCGUGCAAGCCGGGACGGCAAGACAUUGAAUUUCGACGGUUUCUCAAGGAUGGCCAUCCCCAUUACAAAGCCUGCCAUCAUUGAAGUGGCGCCUCCCAAGGUUGGUUCGGCAAAGCCUGCGUUCGUCAGGGCUGAAAUAGCUAUCGAAGUGGGUAGACUGGCCGACCACAUCCGGAUGGAGUGGGAAUCACUUCGUCCAGAUGACGUGGUCUUCUUGUUGGCUGUACAGUCAGAUGAUGCAGGAAACCCCGGCUUUCGAGAACCUGAGACCCCUGGCCUCAAGUAUCUUAGAACAGCAGAAAUUGUGCAAGUGCUCGAUGAGAACGGUCGUCCAUUACGCGAACCUGUGUCAGGCCAAGCAAACGGGCACAGAUACAGGCCGCGUGUGCGGAAGUUAUUGGUCAACCUGGACUCGGCUGCCUUCAAAGCAGACAAAGACGGUCUUGCGCGAGGAAAGCCGGAUGUCUAUCCGUUGAUCAAUGUGGUGGCGAGACGGAAGGGGCGAGAGAAUAACUUCAAGUCCAUUCUUGAGACGAUGCAGAAACUCAUUGUCUCGGAUAUCACCCUUCCCUCCUGGAUUCAGGAUAUCUUUUUGGGUUACGGAGAUCCGGCUGGUGCUCAAUACACUCAGCUGCCUAAUCGAUUGAAGUCAGUUGAUUUCCGGGACACAUUCUUGGAUUGGCAGCAUCUCAUUGAGAGCUUGCCCGGUUCAACCAUAGAACCAUCCAAGGAGGAGACAUCAAGCUUUGGUCCCCCGUACGUACUUGAGUACGUUGAAGAGCCUUCUAAAGCACCUUCAGCGGAAACGUCGAAGAAGCGACGGAGGGAACAAGCCGAGAGAGAAGCAGGACCCAAAUCUCUUCGCGUCUCGACAUACAAGCCACCCAAUCCCGGCCCGUAUCCAAUUGACGCGCCCAAACUUAAUACCGUCCGAUUCACCCCAGCGCAGGUGGAAGCCAUUGCUUCAGGCACUCAACCAGGGCUGACCGUUAUCGUCGGGCCUCCUGGAACAGGAAAAACGGAUGUUGCGACGCAGAUCAUCAAUAACAUCUAUCAUGAUUUCCCCAAUGAACGCACGCUACUUAUCGCACACAGCAAUCAAGCACUGAACCAGCUUUUCCAGAAGAUUGUCGCAUUGGACAUUGACGAACGUCAUCUUCUUCGUCUUGGUCAUGGUGAAGAGGAGCUGGAGACUGAAACCAGCUACAGCAAGUACGGACGCGUAGAAUCUUUCCUUGAGAAUCGCAAUCAUUUCCUCGGCGAGGUCAUUCGGCUAGCAGCAUCCAUUGGAGCACAGGGUGCCCAUGGCAAUUCCUGCGAAACUGCCGGGUAUUUCAACACCGUCUACAUCCAACCUGCGUGGGCCAAGUUCUGGGAUCAGGCUCGCAGUGAAAGCGCUUCGACCGAAGAUAUCGUCGCGGCUUUCCCAUUCCAUACAUACUUUGCCAAUGCGCCUCAGCCCGUCUUUGAUGCGACGGCGACAAAGGAGACCCUCCUUGACGUGGCUGAAGGAUGCCAGCGGCACAUUGACAAGAUCUUUUCCGAGCUAGAGGACAUCCGUCCAUUCGAAAUCCUGCGUCAGCCCAAGGAUAAGGCCAAUUAUCUACUUGUGAAGGAGGCAAGAAUUAUUGCAAUGACUUCGACGCAUGCUGCCAUGCGUCGCCAGGAAAUCGCCGAUCUCGGUUUCCAUUAUGACAAUGUGGUCAUGGAAGAGGCGGCCCAGAUCACGGAGAUUGAGAGCUUCAUCCCCGCCGCCCUGCAGAAUAUGAAGAAUGGCGAGCUUCCUCUGAAGCGAGUAGUUCUUUGCGGUGACCACCUCCAGAAUUCUCCCAUCAUCCAGAACAUGGCUUUCCGGCAAUACGCCCACUUCGAGCAAAGUCUGUUCCUCCGACUGGUGAGGCUGGGCGUCCCUGUUAUUACACUGGACCAGCAGGGCCGCGCGAGACCCAGCAUCGCUGAACUCUUCCGGUGGCGUUAUAAGCAACUUGGAAACCUACCUGCCGUUGAGACGGCGCCAGAGUUCAAGCAAGCCAACUCCGGUUUUCAGUAUGAUUACCAGUUCAUCAACGUGCCUGACUACCAGGGCACCGGAGAACGUGAACCCACUCCCCACUUCAUCCAGAAUCUGGGAGAGGCCGAGUAUGCCGUUGCCAUCUACCAGUACAUGCGCCUCCUUGGGUACCCAGCCUCCAAGAUAUCCAUCCUUGCCACGUAUGCAGGCCAAACGGCAUUGAUUAAGGAUGUCUUGAAUCACCGCUGUGCCAAGAACGGACUAUUUGGCAUGCCCAAGAUCGUCACGACGGUGGACAAGUAUCAAGGUGAACAAAAUGACUACGUCAUUCUAUCUCUCACCCGAACUCGCACCGUCGGCUACCUCCGUGACGUCCGUCGUCUAACUGUUGCUCUUUCCCGUGCGCGUCUUGGUCUGUACAUCCUCGGUCGUCGCGAGGUCUUCGAGUCAUGCUACGAGCUCAAGCCCGCGUUCGACCUUCUCUUCCAACGCCCAGACAAGCUUAUGCUUGCCCCGGGCGAGAUGUUCCCGUCUGCGCGCUCCCUGGAUGACGAAGUCCAAGGCACUCCGAUGGAAAACGUCGAGCAUCUCGGCCAGUAUGUUUUCGAGAUGACGCAGGCGAAGAUCAAGGCCAUGGGUGGAGAAAACGCUAUUAACAAUGAGAUGGAUGUGGGAGGUGAUGAGGAGGUCGUGAUGGAUGAGGAUGAAGUCAUGCUAGGGGCUGGGGAGGAGGGCGAUGAUGAUCCUUUGCACGAACAUACUUUUACUUGA